AUGAACCUGAUCAUUGCCGAACCGUACAAGAAAUCUCCUCUCGGCGGACUAGCAUUGGGGCCGCUGUUCGAGAAAGCCGGCUUCCUCAAGGGCGAUUUCCAGAUUCUUCCAGGAGACGGUUUGACAGGAACAUGCAAAUCAUAUAUGGAUAAGGAUGACUCAUUUACCUUGUUGACUGGGCAGAUUAGCUCCAUCAGAAGUGUGUCAACCGGGAAGUGA